AUGAUUGAUUUGCUAGAGUUUCUGCGGACGCACGAGGAGGCAUUCCGUAGUCGUGCCCGCCUCGCAUCGCUCUACUCAGACUUCCGCUUCCAAAGGCAGACCAACCCGGAUGGCUACCAAGCGAACGCAUCGGCAUGGCUGCGUGCCUUGACUGCCGCUGCAAAGGAGGGUCUACUACCCGCAGAGACAGGCACGCAGCAUGACCGAUAUGUGCUUCACACUGGAGAAGCCCUCGCCAAGGCGCUGCAGACUCAGGACUUUGGACGACCGCUGGCAUUGGGAUCGGUGGUAGAAGAUGCAGUUCGGAAAAAGCAGCUCGUAUUGCUGCAAGACUUCCUUGCAAGCAAGCAGAGUGUGUAUGCAACAAGCUGGCUGCCGACGCCAUGGCAAGUUCUCAGCUGGGGUCUGAGGCAAGUUGGUCUUGUUGGCAGAGAGGGGGUGGAGGACAAGCUUGUCACUGGGAAUUCGGUGAUCAUGGCGAAUGUGGAGGCUGCCGCGAGGCAGAUACUCGACGAUGUUUCCAAGAAUACGACCUCUAAUGCCUCGCGCAUCUUCUCAAGAGAGCUCUUCAUGCCAUCGUUCGCUGCGGCGGUAGGUACGGAUGCCAUGAGCACGACCGACAUGUCGGUCCUGAUCGUCCAUCUCGCUCGCGAUCAUGCGGCGGUUGCAUACGACGCGAAAUCCGGCACGAUCAAAUUCCGGGCCCCAUCAGAGACAGCAGCUCCAACCAUCGAGCAAGAAGAUAUAAGUAUUGCCUCGCUCCGCACCUUGGUCGCCUCACUAGAGUCUCAAACUCAAACACUCACUCAGCGCGUAUCUGAGCUGGAUGCCAAGGCUCGAGAGGCAGUUGCGAAGAAGCAGCUCGUAUCUGCCAAGACUGCGUUGCGCCAGAAGAAGUCCGCAGAAACGCAGCUGCGGCAACGUACCGCCACUCUCGCACAACUAGAGGACGUCUAUGUCAAGGUCGAACAAGCCGCGGAUCAAGUUGAGAUCGUGCGCGUCAUGGAGGCUUCCAGCCAGACAUUGCGCAGUCUCAAUCGCAAGACAGGUGGUGUGGAGAAGGUACAGGACGUAAUGGAAGGCUUGAGGGAGGAAAUGAUGAACGCAGACGAGAUCCAGCAAGCUAUCGCCGAUGCGUCUGCAGGUACCGUGGAUGAAGGCGAGGUGGACGACGAGCUAGAAGCGCUGGAGAGUGCUGAGAAGCAAAAGGUCGAUGAAGUUGAGAGGAAGCGGCGUGAGGAGAAUGACGCGGUGGAAGUAGAGGUGACCGCAAGGCGUCUGGCUGAGCUGGAUGGGGUGAGGAAGCCGGACGAGGUUGCGCAUGAAGUGGAGCAAGCGAGCAAGGAAGGGGAGGGUCAAGUAGCGUAGACAACGCAGUAGCAGCUGUAAAGCUAAUAGUAAAGCG